AAUGAGACAUAAAAAAAUCAUAAUACUAGUUUGCUCUUAAGCAAUGACACUAAAAAAAUAGAAAAGUUAGUAGAGGAGAAUAACACAAGGAGGAUUGCCAUACCACAUGGCAGGAGGUUUGGGUUGGUACCAGGAAGCGCCGCUGGUGGUUACAGUUGGCUUGGAAGGAGCAUUGUUGACAAGAGAUGAGUUGUUGCCGUUGUUGGAACUGUUGUUGAUAGCGUCCAUGUUGUUGUUGUUGUUGUUGUUAAUGUUUGUCGAUGGGCAAAAAGACCAAAAAUAAAAAAGGUAAAGAAGAUGGCUUAAUGAGAUUGGAAAUCAAGCUCUGAAUAUUGAACUUUUGUUACAUUUUCACCUGUAUUUAUACCUUUUCUUCACAAUUUCCGAAACUAUCGACCAAAUGUGCUCUUUGUUCAAGGUCCCAUUCUUCUUUACAAAAUUUUCCAUUGUCCCAAAUUGAUAAUCGGCUUCCAACAAAAGAUCAAUAGUCACAAAGAAUGUGGAGAUAAAUCGAAAAGAAUCAUCUUUUCAUCAAAGGUACAAUUCAUUUUUAGAUCCGUUCGUCAAUAGUGGAGUCAGUCGGGUUUUGUUUACUCAACUUGUAAUCAUCCUCAUCAUUGUCAUCAAUAGGCAAGAGACAAUGAGUAAUGGAUGGCCAAGAAAAUGAAAGUAGUAGAUGGAAUUUGGAAUAGAUAGAUGACCAAAACAUUGUCUCUUGCCUGUACAGAGGUUUCAAAUUCGACGAGAUCCGGUUGAAUGCCGUCUAAAGACAAAGGGGUCGGGAACCUUUUGUUUUCAUUCCAUCACUAUCGAUUGUUUCGCAUUUUUAACCAAAAAGGAAAAAAUGCCGUAGAAGCAACAAAGAAUCAAGCCAGUUCUUAAUGGGGUAGUUCAUUCAGUUUCCAUGAAACCCAUCUAGGCAUUUUCAGUGAACUAACAGAAAUAAAGCAAAAUGAAAAAGAUUACCUUUGAUCGAAUCCUCAUCAGCCUGGAAAGACUGAUCUUAUUUACUGCAUAGACUUAUAAUCCUGCAACGAUUUUGACUGUAGAAGUACAGACAAGAGUCUACGAAAGCUUCAAGAUGCAAUGCUAAAAUGAUCUUUAAUUGACUUUUCAUACAUGUGUUUUCUGAUUUUAAUCGCUUCAGUGGAGCGAUUUUUCCUUACACAUUGCUGGAAAGGAUAUUUUCUUACUAGAAUAGUUUAAGCUACGUUUCUAGGUGGCUUGUAUUGGAUGGAUAAAAAAGGUUUGCUUGUUGAACAAGGUUCUUUUUUCUUUUGCUUAAAGGACCAAAAAAAGGACCCUGUCUAAAAACUAUUGUUAGAACCAAAACUGAAUAAAGCAGCAGUCUUUUGUCCAACUGUUGGUAAAUAAGGAGCUGUAAGUUCUUGGGUUCCACUUUGCGGUAAACUGCUAUCAAGAUACAUACUAUCUAUGUAGGGUUUGCAUCCCAGAAAUGUUGUCUUUUGCUAAAUAGUCAGUCAUUCAAACCAAUCCUUUAUGCUUUCCUCAUUAGUAUUUUAUAGCUAAAAAUGAUUUCGCUUUCUUUUUUUGCGCGGUUAAUUACUCUCCCACUUGUGUGGGUUUGGACAACUAUAUUAUAUGUAACUAUAGGAACAAGAUUUCGAGAACAAGAGACUUUUCGGAAGAGCUAUUUACUGAAUUUCCUUGUUAUGAGUUAUGCACAUUUAAGUCAUGGAAUGGCUUUGAAAGAUUUCAGAUACCUAGAUGGAGGGAAUAGCUUGUUUGGUAUACUAAAAAAGAAAGAGAAGAAAAUCAAUCCUUUCAAAAGCAUUCCUAAUUACGGAAAAGUUUUUACCAGGAAAGAUACUAAAAGAAAUAUUCCUGAUUCAGCAUGGCUUGCUAAGCAACCUCGGGAAGUGGAUGAAGAAGAGACCGUUAUUGUUCAUCUUCAUGGCGGAAUGCUCUGUCAUUCAUUCUCAUCGGUUCAUAUUUUCGCAUUCAGUAAUUUGUAUACUCUACUACAAAAACAAGGAUUAAGGCCAUCCAUUCUGCUCGUUGAUUAUUCUUUGCUACCUGAAGGAAAUUCGUAUCCAACACCAAUUAUCGAAUGCUUAAACGUCUAUGAUGAAUUGGUUUCCCUAGGAUACAGAAAAAUACUUCUAGUCGGUGAUUCUGCUGGUGGGUAUCUCAUAUUAUCAUUACUUUACCAUCUAAACGAAAGAUCCAAAACAAGCAACGUAGUUUGGCCUAGUGGUGUGGCAUUGAUUUCACCUUGGUUGGAUUUAAACAAUGCCAAAAAAAUUAAAUCUUAUGAAACUAAUGCUAAUAAGGACGUGAUCAAUUUUGAGACUUUGCAAAAUUGCGGAAAAGAAUUCUUUCUACGAAAUGAGGAAUCGUAUUCACUUCCGUUAGCAAAUAUAAAUUUAAACACUUCUGAUGAUAUUUGGUCAGGACUUCCGCCAUUUAAGGAAGGUAACUUUUUGAUAUUGGUUGGCAAAAACGAAAUUUUGAGAGAUAGUAUUUUGGAAUGGUGUCUCGAAAAGUCAUCUCUAGGGAAGAAAUAUCCUGAAAAAAUAAUGAUUGAACAAAACGGGAUCCAUGAUGGUUUGUUUCUUACCGAAACUUUUAUGUUUUAUAUGAAUUAUAUGACCUUUGAAGAGUGGUCUCAAAAUUAUGGGGUGAAUGCGUUAUAUGACUUUACAAAAGAAAUUAUGGAGAAGAACUAAUGCUAGGCAUUAAUUAUUUAUUUAUUUAUUUAUUUAACUUUUUUUUGCCAGUAUUCUGUAGCAUGCAAAACUUAUUUACUGAAAUCUUAGUUCAUACCGAAUGGGGGAUUAUUGUUAAAAUAUAGUUAUCCAUUUUCGCUUUUACCAUUUUAUGUUAUGAGUGUUCUUGAGAUUUCGAUUUGCA